AUGCAGCUGUCCAACCUCCUCGCCAUCUUCACCGUUGCCACUGCCGCCUCGGCCGCCUCUGUCUCCUACGACAAGGGCUACGACGACGGCUCACGCUCUCUGACUGCCGUCAGCUGCUCCGACGGCGCCAACGGCCUCAUCACCCGCUACGGCUGGCAGACCCAAAAGCAGGUCAAGAAGUUCCCCUACAUCGGUGGCGCGCCCGCCGUCGCUGGUUGGAACUCGCCCAACUGCGGCACCUGCUGGGAGCUCAGCUACAACGGACGCACCAUCAAUGUCCUCGCCAUCGACCACUCGGCCAAUGGCUUCAACAUUGCCCUCGACGCCAUGAACGCCCUCACCGGUGGACAGGCUGUCAAGCUCGGCCGUGUCGAUGCCAGCUCCAAGCAGGUCAACAAGAGCAAGUGCGGCCUCUGA